UCCUCUUCUUUCCAUCCGCGGAAGAAAUGGUAGAGGAACACACAGGAACUUAUCACAUCAGCUGGAGUUGAUAGCAAUGUCUGAUAUGCAGAAUUUCCUCUCGUUUCUUCUUCCAAGUAUUUAAGAUCUGAAUUCGCCAAUGGUUUUACCACACGUAGGAUGGGAUUAACUUGGGGCGGCAGAUAUAUCGCACUGUUUCUUGCAGUUCAGUUAGUGUAUCUGCUACAGGCAGUGAGAGCUGCGGGGAAAUGUGACACUGUAUUUCAAGGUUUCUCAGACUGUUUAUUAAAACUGGGGGAAAAUAUGGUCAACUACCCACAGGAUCUGGACGAGAAAACAAAUCUACGGACCAUCUGCUCAUACUGGGACAACUUCCAUGCAUGCGCCUCAGCUGCGCUGGCGGACUGUCAAGAAGGAGCGACGGAUCUAUGGGAAAAACUCAAAAAGGAGUCAAAGAACUUGGAGUUUCAGGGUAGCUUAUUUGAACUAUGUGGUGGAGGAAAUGGAGCAUCUAAAUCAAGAGUCCCGUUUGGCUUCAUGAUGCUUCUAACAGCCGUUUCUGCGUUGGUGACUUGGUUUGCAUUUUAGCAAAGGAAGCGAAGAUGAAGACUCAAUAUGAAACACUUCUCAAAAAAUCUUGUGAAAAUAUUCAUCGUCCUCUUCAUCUAUAUGGAUUUAUACUUCCGAAGACCAGCUUAAUCAGAAGAAGACCACCUAACAUUGCUUGAGUCAUUGACUGGACAUCCUUGGGAAAUGCUCAAGCAUUUUGACGGAUCUUUGGUCAAUCACACUUUGGGGGUCCUUAUUAUGAUAAACCUAACAAAACCUAACAACCUAACAAAAAAAAUAUUAUGAACAUUAUUUGUUACUUCAUUCAAACACUAAUACAUAAAUUACAUUGUGAAAUUCCAUGUUAGAAAAGCAUUUACUAUAACUAAAAUCUGUGAAUUUGAAAUAGGCUAACACAGUUGCAGUUUACCCGGACCCUUUCUUGGUACUUUAUUAUUUCUUUAAUUUUAGUUAGGUUUGAUAUUUUCGUUUGCUAAGCAAAUGUUUAUAUCACCCUAAGUAUGCCUAAAUCAAUCGCCAGUAAACGUAGGCUAUUUUAUACAGUAGGCUACUUACUUCCAACCACCAGAAAAGGCGGAAAUAUAAAAUAUUUUUAAAAAGGCAACUCAGGAACGGCUUCAGCCAAUGUACAACUGUAAUAAAUUAUUACACCAGGCAAUGACAAAGGCAAAUGACAUCCCGAGCAACAAGAGGAUGACGAAGGCCUUCCAUGACUCAUGUGAAACAAAUGAAAUAACGUGCACUCUUCUACUCCGGUCCACACCGCAUUUGUUCUUCUGAAAGAAUAUGUCCUCACAUACAUAGCUUAAUGAAAAGAUGUUUCAAAAAGUUUCAUAGCACAAAACAUGCAAGCGAUAAAAUGAAUUAUAAGGGUAAAGUUACAUUUGCUAGCUAAAUUUGAUGUUGCCAAGGCACAGACCACGUUUCACUGUAUUUUGAACUGAAAUAGUUUGUUAGUUCUAUUUGUUUGUGUGUCUGUUUGUCGCUUGUGUGAUUGGUUGGCUGGAACCUGUGAUUUUGAACAGAAAUAUCCCAAAACUAUAUAAAUAAAGAAAUAAAGAAAAAAUAAAUAUAUGUAUCAAAAUAUUUUGGAAAAAAUGGAACUGCCCAAUCCAAAUUGGUUUUAAGACAGAUGACAUCAUCAGAUGGUUACAAAAAAUGAAAAUAUAUAUUAAAUAA